AUGGCAGCGAAAUUGAUUGAUCGACGAUUUUAUAAUGUUCCAGGCAAGCUUCGGGUCUCCGAGCUGUUCUUUGAUGUCCCUGUGGACUACACCAAGCCCGCUGGAGACACACUAAGGCUCUUUGCACGCAGUGUCAGUCGCUUGAACAAGCCCAUUGAGCCGGCCAAAAAAGAAGACCAGGAAGCCAAAGACGGUAAACUUCCUUGGCUGGUCUAUUUGCAAGGUGGCCCUGGCUUUGGAUGUGGUGCCCCGCAGUCGUACGGCUGGGUUGAAUUUGUGCUUAGCAAGGGUUAUCAAGUGCUGUUCUUGGAUCAACGAGGCACUGGUCUCAGUUCGACCAUCACAGCGGGAACCCUCGCCCGUCAGGGAGAUGCGAUCAAGCAGGCCGAAUACCUGAAGAACUUCCGUGCUGACAGCAUUGUCCGUGAUUGUGAAGCCAUUCGUAAGGUGUUGACCCAGAAUUAUCCGCCAGAGCAGCAGAAAUGGAGUCUUCUCGGCCAGAGCUUCGGUGGAUUUUGCGCCGUGACUUACCUGUCGAAGUUCCCGGAGGGCCUGAAAGAAGCUUUCCUCACUGGAGGUCUUCCACCACUCACUAACGGACCGGAUGCUGUCUAUGCGAAGACCUAUGAAAAGGUCAAGCAGAGAAAUGAGGCUUAUUACCAGAAAUUCCCCGAUGAUGCGGAUCGUGUUAAGAAGAUCAUGCAAUACCUGACACAGAAUCAGGUUGCAUUGCCGUCUGGUGUGCUCACUCCGGCUCGCUUCCAGCAACUCGGUAUCUUGCUCGGCUUCCAUGGUGGUCUUGACAAUCUGCACGAAAUCAUUACCAGAGUUAUCAAUGACUUGGAGAUGUUCGGUUUUCUCACUCUUCCAACUCUGUCCAUAAUCGACAGCAAUGGCGGCAUGGACAAAAACGUCAUCUAUGCCAUCUUGCACGAAGCCAUCUAUUGCCAAGGACACCCAUCGCUCUGGUCCGCGGAUAGGCUGCGUUCUAGCAGCCCACAAUUCGAGAUCAAUGAUUCGUUGCCUCAAAUUUACUUUACCGGCGAAAUGGUCUUUAAAGAUAUGUUCGACUCCUACUCGGAACUCAGUAAGAUCAAGGACGCGGCUGAAAUCCUGGCUACGACACACGAGUGGCCUGCUCUCUACGACGAGGCUCAGCUGGCCAACAACAAGGUACCGGUCUACGCUGCAACUUACAUUGACGAUAUGUACGUUCACUAUGAUUUGGCUACAGCCACUGCUGCGAAGAUUGGUAAUGCCAAACAGUUCAUUACCAACACCAUGUACCAUGACGCGCUGCGCAGCAAGACGGAUGAGAUUAUGCGUCAACUCUUUAAUCUAAGAGAGGAUGCGAUUGACUGA